AAAAUGGGAGUGGUCAUUUAAAACAACAAUGUCAAAACUAGAAUAAGGAUAUUUAAUCAAUGCAUAAAAAUUACGGUUGCACAAACAUUCAGUCGUAGAAUCGAUUAAUUAGCAGCUAAAAUAUUUUUUUUAAUAAUUUUAUUUUUAAUCGGGGUCGAAAUACAGAUAAUAGUUACAAAAUGGAAGAAAAACAAACCCACGAGGAUGAAUCGCUUGACCAAAUCGUGAAAAUAACCAAAAAGAAGAGAAAACCUCAAGAACCUGGGGUAAUAUACCUGAGUAGGAUACCAGCUUUGAUGAAUGUGAAAACUAUAAAAGACAUAUUCGGCCAAUAUGGUGAAAUAGGAAAAGUUUUUCUACAACCAAAUGAGAAGGCUGCAAACACCAAAAGAGGGCGUAUAUUCACAGAAGGAUGGAUUGAGUUUCUGGACAAGAAAAUAGCCAAGCGAGUGGCCACAAAUCUAAAUAAUACACUUAUCGGAGGCAAAAAGAGAAGUCGCUGGCAUGAUGAAAUUUGGAAUAUUAAAUAUCUACACAGAUUUAAGUGGGCUCAUUUGAAUGAGAGACUUGCUUAUGAAAAGGCUGUGCAUAAACAGAGACUUAGAACAGAAAUAGCUCAAGUGAAACGUGUGGCAAAUUAUCAUAUCCAGAAUGCAGAAAGGGGUAAAAAAAUGAAAGCUAUUGAAGACAGGAAGAGAAAACAGGGAAAGAGCUUUGAGGAAGAUGAGAAAGAGGGGGAUUAUGAAAUUACUCAGAGGGAGACUGAAGAGGAAACAAUGGCAAAGAAAAGGAAGUUAGAUUCUGUGGUAGAGACAAGUAAAGGAGGAAGGAAGAAAAAGGAGGGCCUCAAUAAGAAAUCUUUUUUUGCUCGGACUUCUUUGAUAAAGAGUAUUUUUUCAGGAGGACAUGAUGAUGAUGAUGAAGAUUAACAAAUUAUGAACAUUAAUGCAGUAUAAUAUGAUUUUUUUUUCACAAAUUAAAAACAAAAUUAAAACCAAAAGUUUUUGAUAUGUACUGUAAAUUUGAAAGUUUCCAUCUGAGCAUAGUGAAUACUAAGUAGGCAAGAAGAAAGUAGUUGCAAAAAAAAAUGCAUACAUGAAAAAUCCUUUCACAAAAUAUUACAAGCAAAUUAUUUAGUCUGAUCAGUAAGCAUUUUGUGAUGUGUGUAAAGAUAAAAAUUAAUGUUUCAUGGUGUGGGGGGAUUAAAAGUUAUGAAAUGUCCAUUAAUUUUAUAAUUUCUUCAGGUUUCUGUGUUAGCUUUGUAACAACGGUUAAUGAUACAAUGCUGCUUAAUGAUAUAAUGGCAUUAGGCAGUGCAUUUGCAUCUACUGGCUUAGUGGCUGCUGUUGGUGAUUGUUAAUUCAGCCUGGUUGCCUGUCUUUAAGUUUCAUCAUGAACAUUACUAAUGCUGAGCAAAUACUGCUAUAGGGAAAUGAAAAUGUAUUAUUUCAUAAAAGACUGCUUUCAGUUUUACAAUUUUGUAUGAUCAAAGGGUGCGACUGCAACGCUUAAUAAUAAAAAAGUUUGUAUCAUUAGCGCUUGAGGGUGUAGAUAUUUGCUUGUUUCAUUAAGCGUCACGGCUGCUGUGCAUUUGUGAUGCUUAAUGAUACAAUUAAGUAGAUAUGUUGUAGAAAAAAAUUUGAGUUUUACAAACAACCAAUGUAUACCAGACUUAAAGAGGUUGAGUUAUCUCUCUUUACAUGAAAAUGACGCAAUUCGCAUAUUUGCCUAAGACGUGUAUUACUGGUAUUAAUAUUCAUGAUCCAACAAUGCAGGAGGAAAAGUGGCGUUUUCAUAGGUGGUGUAUUUUUUUCUCUUUUUUUUAUUGGUAUCAAUUUACACAGCAAAUAUAAUAGUGAUACAAUGUG